UCAUUGGUCCCCUCGAUCAGUCAUUUCCGGUGAGUGCGAGUGAGCGGUGGGAGAAGGUCCUGUAACGGAACGCGCCGCGUCGUACCUGGGAAUCAGGCCGCAUCGUGACUAGGGGGAUAUGGACUCGGAGUCACAGCUCAAUGAAGAUAGAACCGCUGUCCUCUUAGAGUUAAGCAGUAUCCUGUCCACCGCUCAGAAUCUUGUUUGCGAGCUCAGAGCCUUGGUAGCAUUGACAGAUCGAGAAGGAGGGAAACUAGCCCAUUCUCAGAACAAAGCUGUGAGCUCCCUGGACAUCUGGAAGCACCUGUUUGCUGCAGUUCCCACAGAAGAUAACAGUUCAUCGUUGCAAUAAAAUGGCAGAUAGGGAGACCAACUUGGUUUCCACAGAUCUCUUACUUCAAAGAGACCAAGACCAUGAAACCAGAUUAUUCAGUGAUGUAAUAUCCCUCAGUGACUCUGACUCGGAGACUAAUCCACAGUCACUUAAUUCCAUGUCAUCUCUUGGUGAGUCUGAUCCAGAUCCCUGGGGCCUAGAUGACUCGCUUGUUGAGCCCCAAUGUGAUUACACGUCAGAUUAUUCUCUGACCACUGUUGGAAAUAGUCCUCCAUCACAGCUGUUUCAGCUACGGGGUGCUAGUUCCGGGUUCACUUCGCGUAGUCACAAUAUAUUCAGUGGCUUGGAGAAUGCUGUAAAAUUUGAUGCAUCUCAACCUAAAGACAAGAUUAUUGAAGGAGAAUUCAAACGUCCACCAAAUCCAGGUCCCCAGAGAAAGCUGAUAGAGGGGUCUCUUCCAGGAAGCCUAAGCAGUUCUCCUUCAAAGAGAAAAAUAGUCAUGGAACCUCCCAGAGAAAGGCAGAGUAGUGCCUUGUGUAAAAAGCCAUCAUCUGUCCCAGACUAUCUUCUGCAUCCAGAACGCUGGACCAGAUACAGCUUGGAAGAACUUCCAGAAACCAGCAAUAAGAAGAAUACAGCAGUGGCGUUUGAGUUCAUGGAUGGGUUAAAGAAACAAAGAAAGGAAAAAUCUACGAUGGAUUUCAAUGAAAGCUUCACUCCCACUUUCAAUCAAGAAUCUGAUGGCGUUGCUAGUAAAAUCCUUUUCACAAAGCCAUCUAAACCAGAGAUGACAGAACAGGACAGUCCUGGCAGUAAGAAGAGAGAAAAGAGAGGUGAGCUCAGUCCAGUAGAUUCUGGGCAGGUGGAUCUGGUGCACCUAGAUUACAGUGAAGUCAAGGAUGUGGAUGGUGUAGAAGCUUGGUGGCAUGAUAAAGAUGCAGGGGAGCUGUCAAAGGACAGAAAACAAAUGACAAUGGAGGAGAAGGAGCAAGAGUCAGCUGUAUUUCAUAGUGGAAGAAAGAGAAAUCGUAAGAAUAUCCGCAUGAAACUGAAUAAAGAGAGAGAGGAUGACUAAUGUCCACAUCGUUUGAUUGUAAGGCUAUUGAUGUGCUGAUGUUUUUAAAUGGAUUAUCUUAAAAUCAAUAUUUAGUUAAAUAUUCCUUCAAAGGAUAUGUUUCGUUUUAUGUCUAAGUUUUCUAGGACGGCAGCAAUUACUUUGUACAGCUUUCCAAUGUUUGUGUUAACGUGUAUGUGGGAGAUUGGGUGGUGGGUGAGAUAUAAGUACUUAAAUGGCCAAAAUUUGUGAUGGACUGGCGACAAAUGGUGUAAGACCUUGAACUGUGGUAAAAGUAAAAUGUACACCAUUAAUAAACAUUUUAUCCUUUGAAUGUCA